CUCCUCUCUCUCAUUCUCUCUAUCCUUUAUUGAUUCAACACAAAAGGACCUAAACCCUCUCUUUCUCUCUCUAGAUUUCGUCUCUCCUAUUCUUUUCUGUUUUCCUUCCACUUUCUCUCUCUUCCCUCGCUCGCUCCCCUGAACUCGAUCGACAGAUGCAACCAUCACUUUUCGAAUCAAAUUCGAUCAAAGAAUAGUAUUUGAUUUCUAUCGUACACACAUUCAAACAUAGUAUCUUAAUCUUCCGGAGAUUCGAUACCAAAAGGACACCAUUCUGUCGAUUGCGUUCCUCCCAGCAAAUUAGGGUUUCGUUUGGUGGUAAUCGGGUCAUUUGUGUUUUUCAUCUUAUCAGGUUCUGCUCUCAUUUAUUUUUAUUCUUUGUUCGAUCUAAUUUUUUUUUUUUGGUCCUUGUAUUCAUAUUCUUCGCAAAUCCCAAUUUGAUUAGGUUAACAGAUGAAAAAAGAAAAAAAAAGCUUGAUUUGAUUUGUAUUCCAUAGUCAUCUUUAACUACAGUCUCGUUUUUCUAUCGUUUCCAUAGCUGAUAUUAGGGUUCCUACAAGAAACUCUGUGAAAUUUCUUGGUGCGUUGUUUUAGUUUGCUAUCCAAAAUCGAGGGUUUCCUUGUUGAAUCUUUCGUUCUUUCUUCGUGUUUCCUAAUUUUUUUUUUCUUUUUUUUUUUAUUGGAAAACUAUACCCGAAAUCUAGGGUUUGUUUUAAAGAUCGGGUUGGGGCAUUUAGGAUGGCCUUAAAUUUUUCUCAUCGUCCCAUCUUUCCGGCCUAUUUGGCUGAAGACAAUCUUGUUUCACCGAUGAGGAUUGCUAAUGGGUAUUUUGUGGAAGGAAUUUCAGAGAGAGAUGGGGAUGGUUUCCCGGAAGUUGAGGAUUGCUUUGAUUAUAUGAGGGAUAGAGUUGAUUUGGGUGGCUCGCCUGAGUCUGUGUCUAAAGACAUUCUUGAACUUUUGCCUUCAGAUCCUUUUGGUAUGGACAUAAGUACUACUUACACGGCAAUUACGGGGUGGCUUGAAGAUUUGGAGGUGGACUAUGGAGGUUAUGGGAGGAAUAACAUCGGGGCACAUAGCGAAGAUUAUGGUUUAGUUGCAGGGUUGAAUUGGAUUUGGAACAAGGCUGCGAGAUUCCAGGCAGUUCCUGCCAACAUGCAGUUUGAUGACAAAUCUAAUGCAGCUUGUUUAAUUGAUGGAUGUACUCGAGGGAAAGAAUUGGGGAAUGCAUUGUGCCGAGAUGGAUUUGGCUUAGCUGGCAAUGUGGAUGACGCGGUGAGUUCUGACAAUAGGAGUAGUCGCACCGUUGACCAACUAAUUGAAGAAUGUCAGGAGCUUUCUGGAAGUUGUUCUGAAGAAGACAAGGGAACUCCUCAUCCGGCUUUGUCUUUUGCCCUUAGUUUUUUGAGUGUGAGAGAUCUUCUUUCUGUGGAAAGGGUUUGUAAAUAUUUGCAUUCCACAGUUCGAUGUGAUCCCCUUCUUUGGAGGAAUAUCCACAUUGCUCAACCUUUGAAUGAGAGGAUCACAGAUGAUGUUCUUUUCAAAUUAACAAGCAGGGCUCAGGGCAACUUGCAAUGUUUGAGCUUGUUGGAGUGCCCAAGGAUUACUGAUGAUGGUCUGAAGCGUGUACUUGAAACUAAUCCGAGGUUAACCAAGCUCUGUGUUGCCGGAUGUACGAGACUCAGUAUUGAUGGUAUUGUGAAUAGCUUAAAGGCUUUUAAGUCUAAAGGUACACCAGGGAUAAAGCACCUCAGAAUUGGUGGGCUCUAUGGCGUAACACAUGAGCAUUUUGAAGAAUUGAGGUUUCUGUUAGGCGCAGAUAACUCCAUGCAGCAAAAUGGUCACAAGCCACAUUUCUACCAUAAAGGAAACUUUUACAUGUUGUGCGAUGAUGAUCGUGCUAUUGAUAUUGAAGCAUGUCCGAGGUGCCAAAAGUUGAGGCUAGUCUAUGAUUGCCCUGCCGAGGGUUGUCAAGUGAAAGACCAUGGUACUCAGGUAUGUAGGGCAUGCACGCUCUGUAUAGCACGUUGUGUUCAGUGUGGCCGGUGUGUCAAUGACAGUGAAUAUGAAGAAACAUUUUGUCUGGAAUUUCUUUGUUCAGAUUGUUCUAAACAGCUACUUAAUCCAAGAGAGGCUGGAUAGAAAGGUUGCUUCCACGAACCAAAGUCGUAACUUGUCUUCUUGACUAGAGGUUGAUAUUGUUUGUGUCAUCUGUUUCAUUUUAGGGAUGAGGAUUGGCAGCCAUAUGGUUGGCUAUUUGGAUACAAACGCACAAAUUCGAGGCAGCCAAAUGAGAUAGUGGCUUGCUUUCUGCCUAACUGUUGUGCUUUAAACUCGUGGUCUGUGUUCCUCUUGGUGGGUCGCAUUUGGGGAUCAGUUGAUCUCAAUUUUAUGGCUAUAUGGAGAAAACAAUAGAGAAAAGAGAAAAUUAAAAGCAGAAAAAGAUUAUGAAAACAGAAAAGGGGAUUUGUGUUUGAAGAAAGUGAAGAUUUACUUAUAAUCCCAAAAAAAAAAAGAAAAAGAAAAAGAAAAAGAAAGUGAAAAAAAUUUGUGAGGCCUUCAGGUCUGCUCGUCCUGCAUAUUCUGCUCGAGCGAAACGAUGUCUCAUGGUAAGUGAUUGGAGUUGUUGGUAGUAGUUCUUGAAGGAAUCGAAACAACAGCAAUACUGUCGAUAUGUCCUGCCCAUUUGUGAUUUUGGGUACUGCCACGUAGAAAACGGUAAUUAAUAGUAAUUGGUUUGCUUGUGGAUGUUGGGAAGGGGGAUGGACUGAUACAGAAUUUCAUUGCUUUCAUAUGGUGGUAUUUUGGUGAGAACCAGGAAAAUGGCUUGGGUAUUGUAUGAUGGACAGAAGGUGUUGUUUUUCAGUACAGCCCAUUAAAGCAUGGCCGUCAGUUAUUUUGUAGCGAUGAAGGGGGAAGAAAAGAACGGCGGCAAAUCAUGGAUGUGACCUCUCCAUCAUCAAUCAAGUAUUUUAUUGAUUAUUAUUCAAACAAUGCGCGUGUGUUUCUGUUCGAGCAUUAGUAUUCCAUGAUUGCAGGAAAAGCUUUUGAUGGAGCCGCAAAGCAAGUUCUUUCCUGUCUCAAGCAAGGGGAAGUCUAUCCAUUUUGCCACUUUACCCGCUCUUCUUACCUUUAUGUCUCCUUUCCCACUCUGUAUUGUGAAACUAAUAACUUUUACUAUUUCUUUAUGGGGGGGAGGCGUAUGUAUUUUUCCCAGAUUUCAGUCUCAGGCAGGCUUUCAAAUAUACAGAUCCUGACAAAUUGCUAUUUGUUUCUUAUGUUGUCCUUUCUAUAAGUACACUAGGAAGUCAAACAUAGCUUCUUGUACCUGUUCAUUCAGAAGUAUAUGUUAUGCAAUGAUCUAGAUUCCGACUGGCA